UCCAUUGAACAGGACACCUUUCUCUGUCAAAACCAAGUGGCAGGCAUGGUUAUGCUCCCCUCUUCCUUCAAGCUUUCACCUCUCCUUCCAUUCUAUCGAGGUCAUGGCUCUCGACCUUACAGGUCUGAGAGAAGGCUGCCCAUCGCCCUGAGCUUGAGCUAGCAUUCAGAAGUGAGCAGAAGAGGAAGGCCAUCGGUGAGUUCGUCCCCUCACUCUCUUAAGCUGAGCCACUGGGUGCUCUUUUGGUACAGUUCGAUGAGAGCAAAGAAGUGCAGCACCUUGGUCUUUUGGUCGGCCUUCUUCUUGUUCUGGGCUGCUGGAACAGCUCUGCUCUCCCCAAAAGGUGUCAACUUUGAAGUGCAAGCUUUAAUGGGUAUAAAGGCCUCUCUCAUGGAUCCUCACAGUGUUCUUGAGAAUUGGGACCAGGACUCUGUUGAUCCAUGCAGCUGGACUAUGGUGACAUGCUCACCUGAGAACUUGGUCGUUGGCCUAGCAACUCCAAGCCAGAAUCUAUCUGGUACACUUUCUCCAAGCAUUGGGAACUUGACAAACCUUAAAAUUCUGUUCCUGCAGAACAAUAACAUGUCUGGCCCCAUACCACCAGAAAUUGGGAAGCUCUCCAAGCUUCAAACAAUUGAUCUGUCCAACAAUUAUUUUUCUGGUGAAAUCCCUGACUCACUGGGCAAUCUGAACAAUCUUCAGUACAUGAGGCUUAAUAACAACAGCCUUUCUGGAGCAUUUCCUGAAUCUUUGGCCGAUCUUCCACAACUUGCUUUUCUGGACUUGUCUUACAAUAAUCUGAGUGGCACUAUACCUAAGAUUCCGGCAAGAACGUUCAACAUUGUCGGAAAUCCUUUACUUUGUCCAUCAGCUUCGGAGCAAAAAUGCUAUGGAAUGAUGCCUAUGCCAAUGUCCUUCAACAUUAACAGUUCUCAGAAUUCUCCAACCCUGAUGAGGUCCAAAAGUCACAAACUGAUUCUUGUAUUUGGAUCUACCUUUGGGAGCAUCUGUUUAGUUAGUCUUGGCUUUGGACUUCUCCUCUGGUGGAAGCAAAUGCGCGACCAACAUAUCUUCUUCGAUGUCAAUGACCAACACCACGAAGAAGUCAGCCUUGGCAAUUUAAAGAGGUUUCAGUUCAGGGAGCUUCAGAUUGCUACAAAUAACUUCAGCAGCAAAAACAUACUAGGACAUGGUGGCUUUGGAAAUGUGUACAGGGGCCAGCUGCAAGAUGGAACCUUGGUAGCCAUCAAAAGGCUGAAGGAUGGAAAUGCUGCAGGCGGCGAGAUGCAAUUCAAAACUGAAGUUGAAAUGAUAAGCUUGGCAGUGCACCGAAACCUCCUUAGAUUGCUGGGGUUUUGCAUGACUGCUACGGAGAGGCUUCUCAUCUAUCCAUACAUGUCAAAUGGAAGUGUUGCCUCCCGACUCAAAGCGAAACCAACAUUAGAUUGGAGUACCAGAAAACGAAUAGCUUUGGGAGCUGCAAGGGGGCUUCUCUACCUGCACGAGCAAUGCGACCCCAAGAUCAUCCACAGAGAUGUAAAAGCUGCCAAUAUACUGCUCGACGACUACUGUGAGGCCGUCGUCGGAGACUUUGGACUAGCAAAGCUCCUAGAUCACAGGGAUUCACAUGUCACUACAGCUGUGCGUGGAACUGUGGGACAUAUAGCUCCAGAGUAUCUAUCGACAGGCCAGUCUUCCGAGAAAACAGAUGUAUUUGGUUUUGGAAUCCUCCUCCUUGAACUGAUCACUGGUCUGAGAGCUGUAGAAUUCGGGAAGGCAGCAAACCAGAAAGGUGCCAUUCUCGACUGGGUUAGAAAGAUUCACCAAGAGAAGAGCCUGGACAUGCUGGUGGACAGGGACCUAAAGAACAACUAUGAUCGGGUUGAGGUGGAAGAGAUCAUCCAGGUGGUGAUCUUGUGCACCCAGUACCUUCCAGGCCACCGGCCCAAAAUGUCUGAGGUGGUUCGCAUGCUCGAAGGUGAUGGCCUUGCAGAGAGAUGGGAGGCCUCUCGGAGGAUCGAAGCUCACAAGCUAAAGGUGCCUGAGAUCUUCUCCGAACAGUACUCCGACAUCACGGACGACUCCUCAUUGCUGAUCGAUGCAAUAGAGCUUUCGGGACCAAGGUGACUGAUGAUGAUGAUGAUGAUCGAAACAAGCAUAAUUAGCAUGUUAUAUGAGGAGCUUGUACAGAUACUAUCAGAGUGUUUGGUUGAAUUAAGUGUUUUUGAGUGUUAAGAAUGAUUUAGGGAGUUGUCUGCUAUUGUAGGGAAAUAGAUGGAGCCCUUACCAAGUGCUGUGACAGGUUCAUAUUCAACAGAUGAUAUAAUUCAGUCAUAAGAUUGUAAAUUGCAGUUCUCUUGA